AUGAUGCAUGAUGCAGGUUGAAGUGUGCAAAGUGAUUCCCUCCUGCUUUGAAGCUGAAAUUAAUGAGGGCCCAGUCUCAGUUCUUGCCAAUGGAUCCUCCUUUCUGUUUUUCAUCAUAUUUGAGAAAGUGGUCUCAGUGAAGUUUUAUGACACUGCUGCUGUACUUCAUGUGAGCCCCCUACUUUGUUCAGGGUCCCAGCAGCCGCUAGCACUCUGCUGCCUCAGCAAUGGGAACAUUUCUGCCCUUUCCCUAAAACUUGCAAUUUCCAGGGUUCCAACAGAAGUCCAAAGUGCUGAUAUUCUCUCGUCCCUGUUUGGAGAGACUUGUGACAACAUAUCAGCUCCAGCACAAGCUGUUGAUGGCCGCGAUGUCUCAGUUAGUUUGUUCCUUUCCCCUGUUCGUCAGUGGAGCAUCCGUUCUGCCUUUGUCUGUAAUGACAAGCUCAUUGUCUCUGCAAGGAAGGAGCAUUGCUCUGUUCUCAAUGUCUAUCUGUCUUCUUCCGUUAUCCUGUUUGGUGAACAUAAGCUUCCAGUGUUUUCCAGUAGCGUUCUCUUUCAACAUGAGAUAGGGUCUUGCAGUGUGCCUUCUAAGGGGCUCUUAUCUACAACUAUAGCCUACAGGCCUGUUUUAUCUCUUCUCCGCUCCCAGUCUUCUGUGAAGAGUGACAGUUCAACAUUGAGUAUUGCCUCGUCUGCCUCAGACGUUUUCUUCCGUCAGCUUUUUGGUUUCGAGUUGUCUCUAGCUCGGUCAAUUGUC